AGAUCAGUUUACAGCAGAUUCAUUUCGUCCCCACUUUCCGUCGGGGAGUGCAUUCUAGCUAGAGGACUGUAUGUUGGCACUCGUGUUUACUCGUCUACUCCCUUGUGUAUAAAGGGACAUCAACUGCUGCACCAUUGGUUAGGCUGCAAGUGGUCAGUAUCUUCCACAUAGGGGCGGUCAGUGGUCAGCAGCAGGUGCGCCGCGAGAAUUCAGAACACGCAGUGUGAGAGAUCGAGGGAAGAAGUAAGGAAGGAAGGAAGGGUGGAAGAUGAGUAGUUACGGUAUAGCUCCAACUCCGGAUCACCAGUUUGGCAGUAAUUUUGACAAAGUUCACCACUACACUGCGGCAGCAUUACACAACAACAAAGCCAACUUCAGUGUCAGCCAUUUGUUGGACUUGGAAGAAUUACCAAGUGAAAAUUGUGCAAUGUUUGCUAACACCGAUCCCUCACAGCACGGACUACCCACCCCACAGGGGUGUUCCCCGACCUUAAAUGGCAACAUUCCCCACCCCCCGGGCAGCAGUCCUGAGGGUCAUCACCACCAGCCAGAGAGGAACAAUAGCUCCGACAACGAUGACGACAAGAAGGAUGACGGUGACGGCAAACGGCGGCGGAAACAGCGACGUAACCGCACAACGUUCAACAGCACCCAGCUUGCGGCGCUUGAGCGAGUGUUCGAGAGGACACACUACCCAGAUGCCUUUGUUCGGGAGGAAUUAGCCAGGCGGGUCAAUUUGAGCGAAGCAAGAGUUCAGGUGUGGUUUCAGAAUCGACGAGCAAAGUUUAGAAGAAACGAACGAAAUUUGAUGGCUCAGAGACAAAGCAUAUAUGGCCGAAGUCCCGAAAACACCCCCAUUGAACAACCAAUCACCCCUCGGCCGUCCCCUAUGAACUCCGAUUACCUGUCCUGGCCAACACCACCCAGUUACAGCCCAGUUACCACCUCGUCAAGUUGUGCGCUGGCAAAUCAUUCUUACUCUCCCCCGCCCAAUGUGGGCUCGAGUAUAGCGUGUUUACGUCUCAAAGCGCAGGAAUACAACACGAUGCAUCACACCCCCUACGGGCACCAAAUGUCGCAGUGAGACAGGUGCCCCUUCGUAAUGGACUACACUUUGAACUAUGUCAUCACUUCAUGCGCACAUUCAUAAUGGCGGCACAGUGAGUUGCUCAAUUGGGGACAGUUGUGAGAUCUUGGUGCUAUUCGGAACGAUCUGUAAACACUGUUUAUGUGCUUGUGUCUUUUGAUAUCACAGGCCUCACUUAUUAUAUGGUAGCUCGAAGAUCAUAUGUUGAAUAAAUUUGCAAAUGGUGCUCUUUAGAACGUUGUUGCCGUAACAGAGUGUGUCUUGCUGAGAUAUGCUUGAUAUCAUCCAGGUUUCAGCACCAGGUGCUAGGUAGGGUCUUGUACAUAUUGUCACAUCACGUCACUGUAUGUGUUCUACUGUAUUUAAAUCGAUCAUCCGUCCUAGCCUUGCCUUCAUGCCAGAUUCAACUGAACCCAGACUGUUCAUGCAUCAUGUCCACGCCAGACAACAGUCCAAUGUCGGUGCCUUGCGCUUGUUGUUCAGUGUACACCAGUGGCCUAUAUGUACUCCUCACAACGACCCUCGGAGCGAAGUAUGCAUUCUGGUACGAUUUGAAGCAUGGAGUGUACAUCACUGAAGGAAGGCUACCCGCACAUGCCGACAGCACCAACCGCCCUCUAUCAAUGGAUAUUAUGGACAAGUUCAGUUUGAUACCCCAUGUGUUAACAUCGCUCAUUGUUUAUUCAUGUAUUGAAUAUAUGUCAUGUCAGUUUAUGCCAUCCAACUCAACCAGCUGUGUGUUGAUUCUACAAUAGUGUCAUCUUCAUGCAUGAAUAUAUACGUAUUUGUUUUUAUUGUAUUUCGAGAGAUAUGUUAUUUUUCCACAAAUGAUGACUCUUUAGUCACCAUGAAACCCCGACGUAUACACCGUAAGGCGGCAUUUCGCUGUUUAACCUCCUCGUUCAGUCAUAAACGUCUUUAGCAACUGUCAGUGAUGACGGCAGCCCAUGUGGAUGGCUUUGUGAAGCAGACAAAGGGACAGGACAAUGGACAGACCAGCUGCAACGUUGUCAUUAGCUUAUUUUGACACGCGUCUUUCUCCGCCUGUGUCACAUACCAUGACAAACUACGUAAUAAGGGCAACUUUGUCGCCAACUUAGUCGUAUGUUUGUUUAUUUUAACCUAUUGUUGACAAGCCAAGAGAUCCCCGCGGAUCGUUACCGUUUAUUGAGUCAUCAAAAUCUGACGUCCUAAAACUGAGCCAUUUCGAAAACUCAAUUUAUGUAACUGACAGAUCAGUUAUAAUAACGAGAACUCAUGUUUAAUAUGUUAUCGAAUUCAUUAUAUGAUCAGUGUCAAAUAUUAAAACUCAAUUUGGAGCCACUUCUCACAAAAUAAAUGUUUUAAUGGGUAUUUAGAUCGUGGUUGUCAUCAUCUACGUCAGUUCGUCAUAGGAAUUACACAUGAAAGUGCCUUUCUGUUGUCGGUGUCCGUGUUUAAUUAGAAUUAACAGAUCUUGUAAAAUAACGUGGUUCUCUCGUCGAGUGAUUUGACAAAGCAUAUACUGGCACUAGUGGUCGAUUAUCACGAAUUGUCUGCGGAGGAAGCAAUGUAAGUUUCCAUGAGCGAGCCAUAAAGAGUAAAAGAUGAAGUCCUGGGUUAAUCCCCUUUAACCGCGUGUUUCACACCAUCAACAGGUCAUGCUCCUGUUGUUAAUAAGGGUUGCAUAUCCUUCUCUACCAGUUCUUUGCCCACUGCGUACGAAUGAUACACAGAACUUAAGAUGCUUUUGCAAUUUCUUUUCUCUACUUCAGGCUACUUGGUAGCGUUUCUAGGGUUUUAGGAAUCAGAAUAAACUGCAUCUGUGUUGUUUCUCUUUGGUAUGUGUACAUAAAACAACACAAUCUAUUGCAAAUGAUAAUAUAUACUUAUUUCAAACAUCCUACUGUACUGUCUAGCGUAUUAUAUACAGAGUCACAUCCCAGGGUGACGUCUUAUAAAUCUGUUUUUAACCCGUCAGGGUUGUCAGAAUAGCGUGUGGGUGGGUGAUGUGAUGGCUGCUGCAUCAUGUAGAGGAUGCCUCCCACCCCCCACCCCCCACCCCCCACCCCAACCAGGUGCUAGCUCGUACACAGAUGCACAUAGUGUCACUUCAUUGGUAUGUACAUGUAUGUUUCUGGAGAAACAUAAUUCACAAAUAAAGUAUUCAAAUCCCCGA